AUGUGGUUCAACAGGAGCAUUGUUGUAGACCCGAAUACCAAGAUUACUUUCGAGGAACUGUUUCCUGGAGUCGUCGGAGGCUGGCAUCGUCUCGCAAUACAUCAUGCCGCUUUGACAAACAAACUGAAUGACUCCAGCUUCUGUCGUACUACCAUAAGUGUGGUCAGAGAAGAAGAGCCUGGUGAUAAGACACUCAAGCAACCGCUUGUGCUCUGCACGCUAGUUCCAAUGAUAAUAGAGCAGGUGCGAUUGGAUUACACCCUCGCAUUAGAUAGGAAAGCAGGUUAUAUUCUUGUGGAAGGACCUAACCCUGUAAAUAUCUCAAUGGAAGCGGCUCCUUCAGCGAAUGAAAGGGUUAACGGCACUGGUAAGAACAAAGCCCUUCUCCCACCGUUCCUCAUGACAAUCAUAUCCCUUUGUGCUGGGUCAGGCCCUAAUAACGCGAAGACUCAACCAAUCCCUUCUCUUUCGACCUCAUUGUCUUUGGAAAAAGCGAACUUCCCGGGCGUGGACAAAUCCCAAUGCUUUUCUGCGUCGACCCAAAUACGCGACCCACGACUCAGUCAGCGAUCUAAUUCUGGUGGAUCUAGGAGCCUUGUUGACACCUCGAACCGACUGGAAUCGUCUGAAAAGACAAGCAGCAGUGGUCCCAAUCACGCCAAGAUUCAGUUGCUCUGCUCUGCCCCAAUGUCUUCAUCCACGCUAAACAGUGAUCAAGAGACGAUGGGCCACCGCCCGUCUUCCGUUGUACCUCAAGCACCUUCUUACAAGCAAUCAUACCUGAGAGACAAACCUCGAUACCGACGGUAUCGAAAUUACAAUGCAAAUGAUCACUAUCUUUCUAGUGACCGCCCUCCGAUGAAGAGACGUGGAAAGUAUCGGUUCCCUAACUCGACGCUUCGCAAUUAA